AUGAUAAGCCAUCAUUCAAGAUAUAAGUAUAUCGCGAAGCCCCGAUUAUCGAUCCCCCAUCACGCGGCCGUCAAGAAACUAGCGCGGGAAGGGUCAAGUAUCGAUAAGAUCGGCGUGCAGUGGGCCGUCUCUAGGCGGGCGGGCGGCGCGGGCGGCGCGGGCAGGGAGGGCGGCUCGCUCGCUCAGUGCGCGGCGCGCGGCCGACACACGCGCCGGGCCGCGCCGCUCUACGACGCCCCAGCGCGAGCCCGCUACGCGCCAACGCUCUACGACGCUCGCGCGCUC